AUACAAUGUGCACUCAAGGCCAAGAGUCUUUUGAUGGUUGAUGACUUUUCCAGCUCAGCUGGGGGCAGAUAUUUUAAGCUCUCGAGGAAACGCAGAAACUGGGCAAUUCUGCCGCUGGCGAGCGAGCCGGUUGGUCCUCUACAAGGUGUUUCUCCGCCAGCGGAGGGAGGAGAGGCCCUGCCCACCCCUACGGUCAAUCUGCCAUCCCCCUGCUCCGGCAGCUGGAGCCAAGAGGAGCCGGGGCGCUUGGAGGCUCGCGCUGCAGACCAGCAGACCCUGUCCGCGAAGCCCCCAAGGAUGAAGGCUCUCGCGACUGCCCUGCCGACCGCCCUGCUGACCGCCCUGCUGACCACCCUGCUGUGUGCCGCGCAAGGGGCUGUCAGCAACGAGGUGGGGCCUGACAGGCCGGAGCCUGAGGACCUGGAAGAAGAGGAGAAUUAUGACGACGACUAUCUGGAGUACGAAGCACCGGUGGAAGGAAACAGAGGCAGCAACCUGAGGUGUUACACGUGCGAGUCCCAGCUCAGCAAAGAGUUCUGCCUCAACGACACUCCCUGUCCACCUUCCAGCAACUACUGCAAAACCCUCGUCUCCUCGGGGUUGACAGAUUCUGGGCACCUGACCACCUACUCGAUGUGGUGCGCGGAUGCCUGUGAACCACUGACGAAGACCGUCCACGGGACGUUGGUCAUGGUGAGCUGCUGCUCCAGCAGCCUGUGUGGAGUGGAGGGCCUCGACAAGGAGGAGAGGGACGGGGCUGCCGCCAUGCUCGGGGGGAGUCUGGCCGCCCUGGGGGCCAGUGUCCUGCUCAGCCUGCUUGGGGCAGGGCUCUGAGGCAACGCCGGGUAGAGGGGAACCCCUGCAGCCCCUGUUCACCGCCCCAUCUCUGCAGACCUGGCAUCCCCACCACAGGCUCCAUCCUCCCAGACCAGCUCAUUCUCUCUCCCUGCAUCCCGCAACUCCGCUUCCUCCAUCCCCACCCUGGCGACCCCAGGGUUGACCCGGCACUGGUCCUGGUGGGAUCUGGACAGGCAGGAGUCCGAGGAAUCCGGGAGGCUGGUUUCCCGGGAAUGGCAGCACACGCUCAAACUGACGUGACCCGACGCUCUCCCAGCCCCCCCGCCUCCGCUCCCCAACCACACCCUGGCCGGAGAUGGAGGCAGGGGGAUCGGCCAAGCACCAAGGCCUUUGCUGCAGUCAAUAAAGGUUUCGUUUCUGA